GGGAAAAAGAGCUCGCUGCCGCCGCUCCAUUCUCUCUCUCUCUCUCUCUCUCUCUCAGAAUACGAUAAUUUUCAAUGGCCCAAGAAACCGAAACAGAAGCGCCUGCUAUCACAGCACUGGCCUCUCUCUUCAAAGUCACCCAUUCCUAUCUCUGGGAUGAUGCUUUGGUUGACGUGCUAGAGUUUCCGGCUGCAUCCACUCAUCAUCGUGAUAGUUUGGGUGAAAAGUCUAUUAGUUUUCAUAAGCCUGCCUCUGUCACAACCAUCUGCUCAGACAUUGAUCCUACAAUUGAAGGAUUUACAGUUUCAACAGCGGAUACAGAACUAGCUAGACAGAUGAAUGAAUUGGGGCUCCCUAUUUCUUUCAGCACAAACAAGGAGAGGAGAACUGUAACAACUAAAGAGAAAAGAAAGGGUCCGAGGCCAAAAUCUGUAUCUGGUUGUAAACAUGCCACGGAAGGACUGGCAGAAGUUUCUAGAGUGAGUGAGGGAGAGAGUGUUGUUCCACCCAUAGUUUGCCAGGAUAGUGCUAGCACAUCUCUGUAUAGCAUAGAAACUAAUGGCCGUAGUGAUUCAUCUCACUGUUGUUUUGCAGAGGAUGGCAAUAAACAACAGUUAGUCUCUGGCGAAGGACAUUGCCUGGAGCAAGUCUCUAAAGAAGUAAUUGGUUUGAUAACAGAAUACUGUAUGGACCAUGCUGAUAGACCUGACAGCAUUGUUUCCAAGAAGAGUGCUGAAGUAGUUGUACACCCAAUUGUUUUAGAUGCAGAAGAAUUUCCAGGAAAUGCUUUGCAAUUCACUAGCACUGGCCUUGAUCCCAAAGUAGUGGAUAAAAGCCAAGUUAAGGUUGAAGAUUUGGAAGGUUCAAUUACUGCAGACUAUAAUGCGAAGUCCGAAAAGGUUCAUUUUGACUACACAAGUGAGCAGACCUGGAUCAUUGACCCAGUGGAACCAUCACAGUCUUCUGAUCGGCUUGAUUCCAACUGUCAAGAUGAAUGUGAUGGUUAUAAAUGCUGCAGCGAUUUGGAAGACUGGAUGGCAGUUUGGGACGCUUUCUAUAUGAGAAACUAUUUCUAUAAUGUUAGAACAACUGAGUCAACGUGGUAUCCUCCUCCUGGCAUGGAGUAUUUAGCAUUUGUUGACAGUGCAGCUAAAUCGAAUGAAAUGAUUGUGGAUGCCGCUGAGGACAACAUGGGUCUUGAGUCCGCUUGUGAUGGCAUCAAAAUUACAAGUGCGUGUGGGUCAGAAGAUAAUACUGAUUUAUUCCAGGAAGUCAAGGACAAUGAUAACUUAUCAGGUCAGCCACCCCAAACAAUCUCACUUGGGAUGGAACAUGCUACUGGAAACUUAAUGUCAUGUCAUGCUCUACCUAAAACAAGUGAUGGCUGCGAGCAUUUAGAUGAACUGGAGGGAAAGACUGACUGCUUUGAGACUUGGAAAAUUUGUAAUGAAGAUAGUUAUCAAGUUCAUUUUCAUUCUUCUUCAGAUAUCCAGAAUGGUAUUGAAAGUUUGCCAGAUAUAGUCAACCGACUCAACCCAUCAGGUUCUGAAGAAGUCUGGAGAAGUGAUGUGCAUCUGGAAUUUAUGAACUUGAAGACAGAUGAAUUGUGUGAUUUUGAGUGUUUAGAUAGACCAAAAGAGGAUAUCACUAGCACAGAGACCAAGAAACUAUCUAAUGAUGCUGUCCUUCAAGUUCUAGAUGCUGAAAGUUUGACCGCUGCAUUCACUGAAGAAUGUUGUGGAGAAACUUGGAGAAAUGAUAUACAAUUGACAUGCAUGGCAUCUACUGUGGAUGAUGUGGACAGUCAUCGCGAUCUUAAUGCUAUUAACAAGAAAAAGAAAGUGAGGAGACGGUCUCAGGGGAAGAUAUUAUCUUGUGACAAUGAGGGACUUGCUUUGCAAGGAGUACUGGAAGGCAACGGUGUUGAUAUAGGCAAAUACUGGCGUCAAAGAUAUUUACUUUUCUCUAGAUUUGAUGAGGGUGUAAAAAUGGAUGAAGAAGGAUGGUUUUCCAUCACUCCCGAGGCAAUUGCAAGGCAUCAUGCUUCCCGCUGUAGUAAUGGGACUGUAAUUGAUUGUUUCACAGGAGUUGGUGGAAAUGCCAUCCAAUUUGCUAUGAGGAGCAAUCAUGUUAUUGCAAUUGACAUCGAUCCGCAGAAGAUAGAUUAUGCACAGCAUAAUGCGGCCAUCUAUGGAGUUGAUGAAAAGAUAGAUUUUAUUAAGGGAGAUUUUUUCCAAGUUGCCUCAAAGUUGAAGGGAGACACCCUUUUCAUGUCACCUCCAUGGGGAGGACCUGAUUAUGCUAAAGUGCAGACAUAUGAUAUUAGCACCAUGCUUAAGCCUCACAAUGGAUAUUUUCUCUUCAAAACUGCAAUGGGGAUUGCUUCCAGGAUUGUCAUGUUCCUUCCCCGAAAUGUUGAUCUGAACCAAUUGGCAGAGCUGUCUCUAUUAGCCCAUCCCCCAUGGGAAGUAGAGGUCGAGAAGAAUUUCUUAAAUGGUAAGCUGAAGGCAAUUACUGCCUACUUCAAUGAAGCUUCGGAGUAAGCAAUGUGUUAUGCUUCUAGCAUGUCUGGGGAUCAUCAUGGCCGUACCAUGGCAGUUAUAUAUCCACCAUGCUUGGGAUGCAGACAUAAGCACCAUAGGUGUUAUCUUUUUGGGCUUUGACCAGGCUAUAUGUGAAGCCAAUACAAGAUGCAAUAUCUGAAAAUCCAGCCAGUUCACUCAGCAGAAGGGAAGAAAGGAUUGCCUAGUUCUAUAUGCUCAUGAGGCAUACCUGAUGAGUGGAUCGACAUGAUUUUUCUCCAUCAGGUGAUCUUCAUGGUGCAGCCACCUUCUGCAUGGCUCAGGUAAUCUACAGAUGUGACUGGGUUGAGAAUUGUUGUACAAUAUCUCCAUCAUCUCUGUUUAGCCAUUGCGAGUUUGAGCCCAGGGGGUGUGAACAUGUUUGGAAACAUGUUGGUUGUACAUGUGUGUGUAGAGGUAUUUUUGUCAUUCUCAUUGUAUUGUGUGUGUGUGUGGUAUUGUAAACCUUAACCAAGGAGUUGGGGAGAUUUUCCCCAAAAUCCAUCUCUCAUUACGUGUUGUUGAUAAAAAGUCAAAAUCCAAUGGACUCUGGGCCAUAUGUUAUUGUAAUAUGUCAGGAUGUAUUUGAGCAAACCUCAAGGUCAGCAUGCUAGCUUGGCAUACACCAAUCAGGAAGCUCAUGUUGAUCGUCUGUUUCUAACCUACGCAGAGGAUGUUAAAAAUCUUCACACAUCAAUAGAUUGGAGCCAUCAAGUGCUCUUAGAUACCGUGUCUAUAUCAGCAAGUGGGGAUGUGGUUGAAAACAAAUGAACGGUUGAGAGAAAUUGACCUAAGGUCCAGAUCCUUUAUUUGUGAAAAGCUAUAGGUUGUGUUUGGCUGCAGCAAAUAUUGUGA